CACAUAUCGGGAACCAGUACCGUUAUACUAUCAACUUCCGGUUAAAGCGGCGGCACAAGCCAAAUAUUUUGUAACUGCAAAUAAUCUAUUUGCAUCAAUUCAUCAUCAUGUCUGCAUUAUUACAAAAACCCAAAAGUGAGAUGACUCCAGAAGAGUUGUCCAGUAGGGAACAAGAAGAGUUUAAUACUGGUCCCCUGUCUGUCUUGACUCAGUCAGUAAAGAACAACACACAAGUCCUUAUCAACUGCAGAAACAACAAGAAAUUGUUGGCCAGAGUGAAAGCAUUUGAUAGACAUUGCAAUAUGGUAUUGGAAAAUGUUAAGGAAAUGUGGACAGAGACCCCUAAAACAGGAAAAGGAAAGAAGAAAUCCAAGCCCGUGAACAAAGACAGAUAUAUCUCAAAAAUGUUCUUACGAGGAGAUUCCGUUAUCUUGGUUCUCAGGAAUCCAAUGGCUACCAGCAAAUAAAAAAAUAUAGUGGUGUUCUAUGUGAAAUCAGAAUAUUUUGUAUUGUAAAAACAGGAUUGCAAAGAUGCAGUAUUGUGUAUUUACUAUGUUAUCUGUCAGACUUGUUCUCUCUCGAUAGGCUGGUAAUUUCAAAUUCAAAUCGUGGAGUCUUAAUUAAAAAGACUUAAAUAUCUUUUAACAAAACAACAUCUUUGUUCAGAAUAGUUUUGGUUUGUUGCAUCAGAUCUGAAUAGAAAUGACUUGUUCAAUCAUGAUUUAGAUACUCUGACACCAACAAAAUGUCUAAAAGAAAGAAUUUUUACAUUCAGUCAUCUUCAUUCAUUCAUGGUCAUUAUUUUAUAUGUACAUUAGCAAAUGUUCAUUUUAUACCAAUAAACAUGUUGUCAUGAGAAA